UCACUAAGCGUGGGUCGGCGUUCAGGACGCGCUUAAACGUGGUGCAUUUUAUUCGUGCUGUUUCGGUCGAAUUUGUGUUAAAAUCCCAAUUGUGUUCUGUUUGCAACGAGUGUUCAAUGUUGAAGAGUCUGUGACUACGCACGGUAGCGUAGAUAUUGCACUAUUUGCAGCCAGUGUUUCAGUUGCUUGUGCGAACCAGUGCGCGCGUGUGUGCGUGUGUGUGUGUGCACGCGAGACAAACCAAAGCCGGAGUUUCGGGGGCAUUUUGAGGAAAGAAGACGACCAAGUGACAGUACGACGGGCUAAGAAAGUGAAAAACAUAAAUUACUAGACAGUGUAGCGCAGAAAAAGUGGUUAAAAUGUCUCAGAAAACGAAGCGUUCCGCCGCAUCGACGCCGGUCCCGAUGCAGUCGAGUACUCCGGUGCAGGGCGGUAGUGUGGCGGGUGCGACGCACCACCACACCGGGCGCCCCACCAGCCCGCUCAGCCCGACACGCCUGUCCCGGAUACAGGAGAAAGUGGACCUACAGAAUCUCAAUGAUCGCCUGGCGUGCUACAUCGACCGCGUGCGGUUCCUCGAGCAGGAGAACUCGCGUCUCACGAUGGAGGUCCGCACGUCCCAGGAGACGGUCACACGCGAGGUGUCCAACAUCAAGUCCAUGUACGAGCAUGAGCUGUCCGAUGCGCGCAAACUGCUCGAUGAAACGGCCCGCGAAAAGGCCAAGCUGGAGAUCGAUGCCAAGCGCAUCUGGGAGGAAAACGAUGACCUCAAAAAACGUUUGGAGCGCAAGACGAAGGAAGCCGCCGACGCCGAGCGUAAUGCACGCGCGCAAGAAUCCCGCGCAAACGAGGUGUCCGGAAAGUAUACCACACUGCUAUCCGAGCACAAGAAGGCCAAGGAAGAGCAGAAGGAGCUGGAGAAGGAGGUGGCCCGUCUGAAGAAGCAACUGGAUGUGGUGCGCAAGAACCUCGAGGAGGAGACGCUGGCCCGCGUCGACCUGGAGAACACGGUCCAGAGUUUGCGCGAGGAGCUGACCUUCAAGGAUCAGGUACAUCAGCAGGAGCUGACCGAAACGAAGACCCGCCGCCAGGUGGAGAUCAGCGAGAUCGAUGGCAUGCUGUCCGAGCAGUACGAGGCGAAGCUGCAGCAGACGCUGCAGGAUCUGCGCGACCAAUACGACAUGCAGCUGCGUGUCAAUCGUGAGGAAAUCUCGGAUCUUUACGAGACUCGCCUGCGCGAUCUGGAGCUGCAGAUGAACGAGGAGCGUGUGCGCCACGCCGCCGAGAAGUCCAAGCUUAUGGACGAGGUCGAACGUUUGCGCAAGGAAAUUUCCCACCAGCUGCAGGAGUACCAGGAUCUGAUGGACAUCAAGAUUUCGCUCGACAUGGAAAUCGCCGCCUACGACAAACUGCUGUCCUCGGAGGAGGUCCGCCUGAACAUCACGCCCGGAAGCCAGACAACGAUCUUCUCUACCUCAUCCUCGAGCAGUAUGGCCCGCAGCAGUGGCCCCGUUCGCCGUACGCCCAGCCGUGCCGCCGCGGCCAAGCGUAAGCGCACCGUGCUGGAGGAAUCGGACGAACGCAGCGUGUCGGAUUUUUCCGUAACGUCUUCGGCUAAGGGGGACAUCGAGAUCGUUGAGGUUGAUCCGGAGGGAAAAUACGUUAAGCUUCACAACAAAUCUUCCAAGGAAGUACAAAUCGGUGGCUGGACGCUGAUCCGUAAAGUCGGUGCCAACGAGACGGCAUUCAAAUUCCACCGUUCACUGAAGCUGGAUGGGGGCGCAUUUGUGACCGUUUGGUCGUCAGACCUUGGCAAGGACCACGAGCCACCGAGUACGAUCGUUAUGAAGGGACAGAAAUGGUUUGCCGGUGACAACAUGUCCACCCAGCUUUUGAACAGCGAUGGAGAGGAGGUUGCUGCUUCGGAGCGAGUAAAGCGAGUAAUUUCCACCGCCGCAUCACGCCACCGUGAAUACUUGGGCAGCUAUGGCGGUGAAGAGCUGUACCAUCAGCAGGGCGAGCCCAAAGGAGACGAAAAGUGUCGGAUUAUGUAGAGAGCAAACAACAAGCAAGCAAGCAACUAGCCAGAAACAGCAAAACGAUGCAUAGGCAUAAUUUUACCUAUAUAGACAUUAUAUAUGUGUUCGUCUCCUUUGACGUAUAUUGUAAGCUAAUAAUUUAACAAUAUGCCCGAGGACUCGUUGGCGGGCUUUAUGAACCGCUAGGCAACAACCCCACGCAACAAUCAACGCCACAGACGACGGUGGUGGUGGAAGGAUUUACAAUUUGCCGGUCAUCUUCUCUUUUUCACAUUUUUUUUCGUUUCGUUUCGAACGCCAAUUCGAAACCGCACGUUUUAACGGUACUAUAAAACUUAGUACCGGGGUACGUGACAACUAAAUAUCAACUACUUAAAAACCGAACCCUUAAAACCAACCGAUACUGAUGGGGCAAGGUGUAAUUCAAACCAUCACAAGUACAAG